UUCUCAUCCCAGCCAAACAAGUCUGAUCUUUAAUCUUCAAAAGAAAAAAAUAACCAUUGGCAAUGGCAGGAGACUCGCUUCUCUCAGUUCCAGCUGCUGCUACAAGUAGAAGAUUGGAAGGUAAAGUCGCGUUGAUCACCGGAGCGGCUAUGAGUAUCGGCGAGUGCAUAGCCAGAAGCUUCUGCAAACAUGGAGCUAAAGUAGUAAUCGCGGACAUCCAAGACGAUUUAGGCAAGUCAGUUGCUGAAGAUCUUGGAGCUCAUGUGGCCCUGUUUGUGCACUGCGAUGUAACUAUAGAAUCUGACGUCGAAAAGGCAGUAGACACUGCAGUCUCCAUAUUUGGGAAGCUCGACAUAAUGGUGAAUAAUGCAGCUGUUGCCGAUCCGCGCAAACCCAGUAUUGUCGAAAAUGAACUCAUCGAUUUUGAGCGAGUGGUGAAAGUUAAUUUGAUAGGACCUUUCUUGGGAACCAAACACGCAGCUCGAGUGAUGAUUCCUGCUCGCCAAGGAAGUAUAAUUACAUUGGGCAGCGUUUGUUCAAGUGUUGGAGGCGUUGCAUCACACGCAUACACCAGCACAAAGCAUGCUAUUGUGGGUCUAGCAAAGAACGCAGCGGCAGAACUGGGGCAAUUUGGAAUUAGAGUGAAUUGUUUGUCAUGUUACUUCGUGGAAACGCCAUUGACUAUGAAGUUCUUCAAAAUGGAGGAGGAUGGAGGGAGAGAUGGUGUAUAUUCAAAUCUUAAAGGGGUGAAACUGAAAGAGGAAGAUGUAGCAGAAGCUGCCAUUUAUUUAGCAAGUGAUGAGUCCAAGUACAUGAGUGGUCAUAAUUUAGCAUUAGAUGGAGGCUUUACCACCAUUAAUCCUGCUUUUGGCUUGUUCUCAAGAAAUGCAUAGAUCUAUUUAUUUCAGUUCAAUAAAUCGAGAAUACCAGUGGUUCAUACCCAUAUGAAACACACAAGCAGAUUUCUAAUUGUAAGGAAGAAAAUAAAAAACAAGUUUCACUAAAGUUUGGGCUUCAA